AUGGUUGCUGGAGGUCCUGGCGCUGCUGGAGGUCCUGCUGGUGUUGGAGCUGCUGGAGGUGCUGGAGCCGCUGGUCCCGGAGGUGCUCGUCUUGGAGGUACUGGCGCUGCUGGAGGUCCUGCUGGUGUUGGAGCUGCUGGAGGUGCUGGAGCCGCUGGUCCCGGAGGUGCUCGUACUAGAGGUACUGGAGGUGCUGGGGCUAGUGGUGCUGCAGGAGUUGGAGCUGGAGGUGCUGGAGCUGUUGCUGCUGGAGGUGCUGCUGGAGCUGGUGCUGUUGGAGGUGCUGCAGCUGGUGGUGCUGCGGGAGUUGUAGCUAGAGACCCUGGAGCUCAGGGUACUGGUGCUGUCUCUGCUGUUUCUGGAGGCGCUGUGCGGCCGCGACCGUACUACGUUCCGCUCCUUCAGCAGCGCCCUCCUCCUGUCCCUGGCACUCACUAUUUGACUCUGCGUCCUUCCACUGCUCCACAGCGUGUCCCUCUGCCGUCUCCUCCUGCGUCCUCUCUUCCUGACGGUCCGGACCCGGAGUCUGACUCCCUUCGUGCUGCUAGUCCUACUGUCACGCGUUUCCUGGCCACUGUUGUCAGUGACCCUUCAUUUGAGUCCACUGCUGCGUCUGCUCUAGUUGCUGAGCUUGUUGACUUUGCUGCCGCCUGUCGUCUAGACUACGCCGCUAGUCUUGUUGCUGAGUCUGAGUCUGUCUGUCCUCCGUCCGUCGGGGGUGAGUGUGCUCUUGGCACGGACGUCCUUGAGGACAGGCAGGAGGACUUUGAGUGCUUUGCUGCUGCUUUACCUCAUCUCGUGUCCAUGCUGCUUGCCCCUGAGGGAGACCCGGAUGCACCAGACAUCCCGACCCCGCGCUCUUACGCAGAGGCGAUAGAGGGUCCCUACUCCUCUCAGUGGCAGACAGCCAUGGACGCAGAGAUGGCUUUCUGGAAUUCCACAGGCACCUACCUCGACGAGGGCAGCCUGCACGAGGAGAUCUGGCUGCGCCGCCCACCUGGCUUCACUGGGUCGUUUCCUGCUGGUACCCAGUGGAGCCUCCAGCGGCCAGUCUACGGUCUCCGCCAGGCACCCCGUGAGUGGCACGACACACUGAGGACGACUCUUGCUGCUCUUGGGUUUGCUCCUUCUACUGCUGACCCGUCGCUGUUUCUACGCACCGACACCACUCUGCCGCCGUUCUAUGUUCUCGUGUACGUAGACGAUAGAGGGACUCGCCCACGUGAAGUCGGAGCUGCAGAAGAGACACACGUGCACAGACCUGGGUGA